CGCACAGCACCGCACAGGAGAGGCCAGGACCGCGUUUGUUUGGAGCAGGAUGUCGGACGGCCAGUUCAUCCCACCGUGCUGUCUCUGCUUUGUGUGCGUACCCCAGUCUCAGGUGGCCGUGCUGGAGCAAUGCGGCAAGUUCAGCCGGGUUGUUGAUCCCGGCUGCCAUUUCAUAAACUGCUUUCUCUGCGAGUGGAUUGCUGGUCUGGUUACGGUCCGCCUUCAGCAGCUUGACGUCAACGUGGAGACCAAGACAAAGGACAACGUGUUUGUGAACGUUGGCGUGUCUGUCCAGUACCGUGUUGUGGACGAACACCACGCCAAGGAUGCCUUCUACAAGCUGACCAAUCCGACGAUGCAGAUUCAAGCUUACAUCUUUGACGUCGUGCGUGCUAGUGUGCCGAAGCUGAUCCUGGACGACGUAUUCGAGCAGAAAGAAGACAUAGCUCGGACUGUGAAAGCGGAGCUAGAAAAAGUGAUGAGUAGCUUCGGCUACAGAAUCGAACAGACGCUGAUCACGGACAUAGAACCCGAUCCCGUGGUGAAGAGGUCGAUGAACGAGAUAAACUCGGCGGCCAGACUAAGACUGGCGGCGACGGAGAAGGCGGAGGCAGAGAAGAUGCUGCAGGUGAAGCUGUCGGAGGCGGAAGCAGAGUCGAGGUACCUGUCGGGAGUAGGCAUGGCUCGCCAGCGUCAGGCCAUAGUGGACGGCCUCCGGGAGAGUGUGGUUGGCUUCUCCAAGAGCGUGGACGGUACAUCCGCUAAGGACGUGAUGGACUUGGUGCUCAUCUCGCAGUACUUCGACACCAUGAAAGACAUAGGCUCGCACCCAAAGAACACCACAGUGUUCAUGCCCACAGUGCGCGAAGGAGACAUUGCGGGCCAGAUCCGGGGGGGGGUUAUGCAAGGAGCUCUCGCAAUUGCAGCUCAAGGAUGGGAACGUUCUGGGGUCGACUCCCGGCAAUCCAAUCCGACCUCACCGACCUCACCGACUUCACCCACCUCCCAAAGCCCUCCGCAAGUCCCUGUCAUGAAUUCCGUCUACAACCGGUAAUAAUGAGCUGAAUCUAGGGCCCCACGGUCCCACCCAAAGAAGACAAAGAGUAGUAGUGUUCAUGCACACUGUUCACGAUCG